CAGAGCAACACACACACACACAUCAUGUUGGCUCUCUGUGCGCAUAAUGAUUCAUCAACCACCGUUUGCUCAUGAGACCGUGAUUUCGGGUCCGAUGAGUUCAUUUUUCAGAGCUGGCCGCUGUGUCGUGGGCCCUCGGAUGCCCCCACCCCCACCUCUCUCAUCCCGCGUCUCGACGGACGAAACGCUGCAGCAGCAGCAGCGGCAGCAUCACCGGAGCCUCCAAACUGCGUUUUCCCUGCCGUGAUGGAUCCCCGUGUAAACCGGUGAGCUGCUAUCAGAAGACCGCUGUACUGUGGGACGCACCGACGCGCAAUGACGGCAGAAAAAUUGUGCCACUCAUCCAACGGAUAAAAAAAAAGAGAGAGAGACAGUUAUAUAUAUUUCUAUCAGUGUUCUAGGAUCGUCUUGUUUACCUUCCAGUCACAUCAACAGCCGGGUGACAGUGAUAUUACGGCAUGUAAGAGCUGGAUAACUAUUCCUGUGUGACCGACACCCAUCCGCAGCUGAUUACAUUAAAAUGAAAAAAGGAUGAGCCCCUCAGGUCAGUAGACCCGUGCUGAUUGGAGACAUGUUCUAGGGACGACACAUCAGACACCAUGAAAGGGUUAGGAGCCAACCGCAGUCGUCACCUGUCUGACUCGUGUGAACCAGCGGGAUGUCCACAGAAGCCUCUGUGUCCUUUGAACUCUGACCCUCACAGCGCCUUUCUGUUGAGCCCCACCAUAAACCACUAUGGCACUCUGGACCCCCACCUCCAUCAGUGCUCUCCGACCAGCCCUACCAACUUGACGCCUGACUGUCUGCUGCCUUUCAGCCAGAUGUCCAACAGCAGCACCUUCCCCCGUCUGCAUUUUACCUCCCAGGCAGACCAGGUUGACUGUUCCCAGGCCUGUAUGGCCGGCGGUGGAGUGGUUCAGGGCAGCAGGGCAGGCACACUAUCCACCUCUUUGUCUAUGGGCAUGGGCUUGGGUCUAGGCCUGACCGGUGCGCCUAUGAUCACCAGUGGAUCAGCCACCAUCUCCUCUGCAGCAGCAGCCAAGAUGAAUCGGCUACCCUCCAACCUUCUGGAUCAGCUAGAGAGGCACCUGCCCCUGCAGCAUGAUGGCUUCAGUACGCUUCAGUUCCAUAGAGGACGUAUGUCAAAGCAACGCAGUGAGAGUCCAGGACGCAUACGCCACCUGAUGCACUCUGUGCAGAAGCUAUUUGCCAAGUCUCAGUCCUUGGAAAACUCUGCAAUCAAAGGCAGCAUGAACGGGCGCUCUGCUGGAGGAAUGACUGGAACUACAGGAAGUGGGGAGGAUGGUGGCAGACCGACCCGAAGAAGCAAGAGUAAAGACAGGGCCAAAACUGAGGGGCCAAAGCAGAGACCUAGACCUAAUACACUUGGCCUCUGGAGCUCAGAUGAUGCCCUGGACACUGACGCUACCAAAGCUGGCACUAUUGCUGUAGGUUACCGCAACCCGUUGAGCAUGAUGACUCUGGGCAGAGCGGUGUCAGACAGCCAGGCCGCUCCAAGGCAUAUUCCACAGGGCUACAACACAAUUUCUGCACAUACUCUCAAGACCUCGAAAAGCAGCAGUGACCUCAAGUUCCUGGCAUGCCCAGCCACACAGGUAGGAUCCAAGGAAGAGGAGGGAAGAUCUAGGAGAAGCAAGGAUGAUAUACUGGUUAAGAGGGGCUCCUGGUCCACUCUCACCCUCAGCCAGGCCAGGCAAGUGUUGCAGAAGGGCUCUGCUACAGUCAACAGGACCCUGCUUAAGACAAAAUCAUGCCACCAAGACCUGGCACAACACUUCCUUCAGGUAGGAGGGCCAGUCCCAGUGGGGGACUGGGCAGGAACUCUGGGUCGAGGACGGGGCAAAGGACCUGAGAUUCCUUGUCGAAGGAUGCGCAGUGGCAGCUACGUGAAAGCCAUGGGAGACUUGGAAGACAGCGAGGACUCCGAGGGAAGCCCAAAACCUUCCCCCAAAUCUGCAGCUCGUCGUCAGAGCUACCUGAAGGCCACCCAGCAAUCCCUGAGUGAGCAGCAGCCACCACCACCUCCACGCAAGCCUCGUUGCUACGCUCUCAUGCGGGAGGAUUAUCUGUGGUCUCCUCUGCAGAGUGCAUGCUCUAUGCAGCAUCUGAGCACCCUGCCGUCCCUGAAAGAGCUGUCCACUAAUCGGAGCCUAGAUAACUUAGACUGCCUGGUGGGCCCUUUGGAGGCGCCCCCACGCCACAGGAACAACGAUUUCAGCCAAUGCUCUGGCACACUUGGCAGAGGCUCUGGUGCUCAGCGUGUGAGUCUGCACACGUUCUUUCAGGUAUGCGGGCAGGGCUGUGGACACUCUGUACCUUACUGCGAGGCGGAGUCGCAGGCGGUGGAGGCUCUGGAUCUGCCUGCGCCUACGUGCUUCCGGUCGCGAAGCCACAGCUACCUGAGGGCCAUCCAGGCGGGCUGCUCCCAGGAUGAAGAUACGGCUUCUGUGGACUCGGAGUCACCACCACCCACCGCUGCAAACUACAGCUACAGCUCCAACACCCUCAGCAAUAGGAAGGCUCCUCCUCCAGUCCCACCGCGGACCACCUCUAAGCCCCUCAUCUCAGUGACGUUGCAGAGCAGCACAGAGUCGGCCCAAGACACAUACCUUGACCAGCAGGACCGCGGCAGCGAGGCCAACAGCCAGUCGGGGCGCAGCAAUUCCUCAGACAGCCUCUGUAGCUUACGCACGGGCAGCCUGGCUAAGGGCACCCAGCGCCCACUGCUCCCUGCACCUGCUGCAGGCCCCAUACCUCCUGUUCCAGCCCCUCGUGAGCUCCCUCCCACCACCACCACUUCCACAUCUACUCAACCCCAUCAUGAAACCGUGAGCAUUGGUAUCACCCUAGAGCCGCCCCCAACCGCCCCCAAGAGGAAACUGUCCUCUAUUGGAAUUCAAGUGGAUUGCGUUUUGCCGAUUCCAAGAGAGGAACCACUACCACUGGCUACCCCUUUAAAGUUUCAGUCGAUUGGAGUUCAAGUUGAGAACGGCAGGCCCCUCAGCCGGGACAGCAGCAUGGCCUCCAGACAAAAUACAAUGACUGAGCCUCAGGAGCCCCAGGAUUCCACAGCUACAGAAAACAACACAGCCAACUGCAACAGUCAGACAGCGAACGCCACUGCACCAAACGGACAGGACAAAGCCAUGGAACAGCAGCCCCUUAAACACACCUCAGCCUCAUCCAGGAUAUCCACCUCACCUCCAGAGACUCUGGACCCAGCUUUAGACCCGUCCUCGCUGCCGCCGCCGGACCCCAGCCUCGAAUCCGGAAACUGCAGCUCCCAGGGAGAUGCUACUCAGUCCGGCACGCCGGCUUGUCUCCGAGACGGGAACUGGUUUCUGAAGCUGCUACAGGCAGAAACGGGCCGCAUGGAGGGCUGGUGUCAACAGAUGGAUCAGGAGACCAAAGACAACAAGCUCUCAGAGGAGGUCUUGGGGACGAUCCGCAGUGCAGUAGGCAGCGCUCAGCUCCUCAUAUCACAGAAGUUUGAGCAGUUCAGAGGGCUCUGUAAUGAGAACCUGAACUUAAACGCCAACCCACGGCCAACAGCGCAGGACCUCGCUGGGUUCUGGGAUCUGCUACAACUCUCAAUAGAAGACAUCAGCAUGAAGUUUGAUGAGCUCUACCAGCUGAAAGCCAACAACUGGCAACUUCCUGAGAAGUCAGAGAAGGAUGAAAAUAAGCAGCUUCCAUCAUCUGUGCCAAAGAAGCAGUCAAAGCCCCGGCUGUCAGCAGGGAAGGACCGGAGCGUAGACUCUGCUGUGGACAAGCAGCGGCAAGAAGCCAGAAAGCGGUUGAUGGCAGCGAAGAGGGCAGCAUCAGUGCGGCAAAACUCCGCCACGGAAAGUGCUGACAGCAUCGAAAUCUACGUCCCAGAGGCCCAGACUCGCCUCUGAGAGCAAACCAGCACCGAUCACAGAGAAUAAUCCUGACGCUCAUCAGACAUUCAUUGACACAAACACAAACCUGAGACGAACACAGAGAAACGGAUGCACAGAGGUUGAUCCCUCACAGCAGCACAGCUGAUGACACGAGACACGUUGGGAUCACUGGGCACCGCAGUAACCCAGAAUAAUGCAGUUCAUCAACCUGCUGCUGUGGAACAGAAACAACCUGGACAGAUGUUUAAUACUAUUAUUGUUAUUAUUAUUAUUAUUGUUAUUAUUGACAUUAUAAUAAUUAUUAUCUCCUAAAGUAUUUCAAGACUGUCUUAAUUGUGCAAGUAUCUUGGAUAAGGACAUUCUGUACCUUGUGAGCUGAAGAAUCUUGGUAUCCUAGAAGUUUACUCUCUUUAAACUCCCUUCACUGCUGAGUCUACCGGCAAGUUGUGGCUGCCUGGUUUACGAGCUGAGCUACCAUCCACACACACUCAGGACACACAUGCAGGUGUACUCGCUGUCCACAGAGUCUUCCUGUUCUCUCUUUGUAUUAGGCUGCCACUCGUUGGGUGUGGUGUGUACACUUUACUGUGUAAAACAAAAAAAAAAAAGGAAAAAAAGUAAGAUGGCGUUAAUGUACUCAGAGGUUUAAAAUGCAGAGAACCAGAGGAAGGCAGUAGCAUAUAUAUUAUAAAUAUCACACUAUUACAAUGUUCAUUUUGUAAAUGUUGUAUACCAGAUUAUUUGUUAGAAAGAGGUCAGUGUUCAGUACCAAGGUAGUUUUUUAUAGAUCGAGUACAUUUACUGUCAUGAUAUAUUAGCACUUGAUGCAAUCAUUCACUCCACCUCUCUAUCCUCCUCUCUUUUUCACAGACAUUCACUACACAGCCUAUUACCCACUGUUGAAGUCUUACAUUUGGUUUGUUUUUGCAAAGGUUUGAGAGGAAUGACUGGCCAGCCAGUGAGCUUUAGUGGAAUGUAUGUAAUGUAUGCAUUUACAGCUCGUGUUGACUUGAUCACUGCACUUUCCAUUCACCUCAGAUCAAGUUCGCCCACCAUUUGUUUUCCUGACCAUUCUGACUUUCACUGCAUCCUCCUGUGAUGUAGGGGACCAAGACAUUCACCACUUGAUGCGGCAUUCCCAUUCAACCGGUGUGUGAUAGGGUGGGGGUUUACUUGCUAAUGGAAAGGAAAUGGAAUAGCAUAGCAAUAAUAAAAAACAUAAGCGCGAGCAAUGCAGUAGGUACCCGGUCUUAAAUUAUUUAACUAACGUUUCCAGUGGGACUUUCUUAGCAUGAAGGAUGAAUGUUUAUUUCCUCUGUGAUCUUUCCUUGAAAUGACAAACCUCAGGUUGAACAGUAAAAACCACUAUUGAUGACAUAUUUAUUAUAUAACCGCUCACGAAUUGGCCAAAUGCAGAAAACCUUUGCCAAAUAUUCCAUAUGACUCCCACUUAGGGGAGAAAAGUAGGGUUUGGUGAGAUUUGUUGCAGCAGGAUUAACGUGACUUCUAAAAUCGGUUUCCUUCUUUCCGCUUUCUAGCAGCUUAGACUCCCACCCUCGUCUUAUGAAGAAUCAAGAACUGUGGUACUUAAUUUUUUAUUUAAAUUUUAAUGUCAUUUUAAUUUUUACACAUUUUGUGACCGUCAUUGGAAAUUAGGUCAACACAAACUUGUCUUGACUUGUGUAAUUCUAAUAAUUAAUGGUGCUUGCGAGGGAUUGCGCGUUGUGCCAAGAUGGCAGCGAUCAUACCGUUUUAGUCUCAUUGGAUGAAGCUUUUAUUUAAAGUGGUUAUUUUGUUUAAUCUGCGCGUGGACUCAGCUGCCUGUGUGCGGACUCCUAGCUAAGUUUGUGCUUGCAUCUCACUCCAGCUGCACUAUGCCUUGUCUGUGUUAACUCAUGACACUUUGAUGAUGGGACUGGGAUAUUUUCCAAGUUUCCAAAACAGGAACUUGGAAACACGAGUGCCAAGGGUACAUGAGUGGAACAUGGCAUAGUAGAUAAUCAUGCACAAGUGUAGGUGUGUAGGUUGAUUUCUUAGUUGUUGUUUUUUUUUUUGUGGUCUUUUUUUUUUUUUUUUUUUUAAUUUUAAGUAAGAGCUGGCUCUCCCCCUACUGGUCAGUCCUUGUGUGACACUCCAGACACCAUCUUCUGCUCCAUUUUGAGUCAUUUAGUUUAGUUUCAUCAAACCAGAUAUGGAGUUGGACUGGGAAUGCUGACACAACACUGCGUUGUUGAUUUUCUUAUUCUCUUAUUUGUAUUGCAUCAACAAUGGACAUGUGCAUUUCAUUGUCCAAAGAAAUCAUUAAACAUCCCUUUGCUACAUGUCCUGGUCAUCAUUCUUGCUGCGUUGUUUUAAUGCACUCAUUCAUGACACGGUGGUAAUAUUAGCUGCUGAGUUAAUAUUACAUGCAAAUGAAUCAUAAGCAGUAGACUAGAUCUCUUACUGUUACUGUGUAAUCUCUAAAAGCAUGGCCUUCCUACUUUAAAAAAAAAAAAAAAAAAGAUACAAAGAUCCUUGCCGGUGAAUUUUCAGUAUUCCUUUAAAUGGGUCUUGCAAAUGAUCUGAAGCUUUUUAAUCUGUGUGAGGCAUUCAGGGUAUGUGCGAGCUUGGAAUUGUGGCAAAUGGUGGAAAGUUCCUUUUUCAUAGAGCAUCCUUUGAGAGGCGGAUCCCUUUAUUUGCCUGCAUAAGUGAACUUCUAAAGAGAGCAAGACCUGAUCAGGGACCUUCAGACAGUUUGUUUACCAGUACUUCCUGAGUUUCAAAGGGCUACAAAAUGGACAAACGAUGACUAGAGCGCGCAACUCUGGAGCCAGAUCAUGUGGAUGUGGUACUCGAGCCGCCGCGUCGAUGAAGCAAAGUUCUCCUGCUGAGAGGUUGCAAGAAUUUACAGAAUUGUCAGACACAGUCGCCUUGAAAAUCUUUGGAGUGAAUACUGGGUCUUUGGGUGUGCUGGGUGGACAGAAACACGGUCUCAAAAUCAUUAGUCUGUUCUGACCUUGCCCAAGUGGCCACGUGUCCGCUAUCCUCUCAGAGAUCCAGCUAGGAAAAUGAGCAAAAACUAAGUAGUUCCAGAUUAUCUUGUACUGAUAAACAUUAUUUUACAAAAUAAGCACAUAUCUUACAGACGAAGGGUUGUUUAAUGUUAUGGUGUAUUAGUUAGACACUGUGAGGCUAGUUUCUUUUAUGAGAAUAAACACUUGUGACUGCAA